AUGGAGGACUUGAUAUUCCUCGACCUCAAGAAGCCGUCAAAGGCGGACCUGCAAAAGGGCCUGUGGGCCUUCAUCUCCAUCUCGUACUCGCGCGAGCAGGCGGACUCGCACAUGCCCGCGAUCGGCGAGGUGCAUUCGCUGCGCGAGUCGUCGCGCCAGAUCUCGCUCAAGGCGCUCUCCGACGCGAACGCCGACGACUCGGUCGGCCUGCUCGCGCGGUACGCGCGGCUGCUCACCUCGAUGGGCUCGCGCUUUGGCACCGCUGUCGACGAGGCUCUCCGCCGCACCGAGGCGCAGCUCGCCUUCACGUGGAACGACGCGCUCCGCCCCGAGGCGAAGUGCACGCUCUCCCAGCUCGGCUUUGAGCGCGCCUGUGCCAUGUUCAACCUCGCGGCCGCCCUCUCCUACCGAGCCACCAUCCAAAACACGGCGGACGCCGACGGCCUGCGCGCCGCCUGCCAGGACUUCCAGCACGCGGCGGGCUGCCUCGACGCCGCCGUCGGCUCCGCGGCGGGCACGCGGUGGGCGACGUACAAGGGCCUCACCCUCGACGUGCGUCCUGCCGCCUUUGAGGGAUUCCGCGCGCUCAUGCUCGCCCAGGCGCCGCUUCCGGCGGCCCUCUUCGGCGCGGAGCCCGCUCUCUGCUGA